UUCUUAAGACCAACUUUAAGGGUAACAUACAGGUUUCUUGCAUCCCAUUGGAAAUUUGGCGCUAGCUACAAACAGCUGAGAGUUGGUGGCCUCUGGUUUUGUAUCAUCUAUUUUCUCCCUUAUGAUUGGUAGGUUAUUGGAAGAAAGUUUCCUUCCAUAUAAUAAAGUCCAAACGUGCUGAGAACUUGGUAUUAGUUAAAGAGUUCAAUUAGUUGUGUCAAUUCAAGGUUGGUAACAACCAUUCCUCGUUGAAACGUCUACGACUAAAGCAGGAAACAUAUUCAGGUAAACAUCAAAACAUGAUUAUACAGUAAGUAAGCUUCCAACAUGAGUAAAAACAAUGAACACCAAUUUAACACGCUUUUACGGAACUAGACAUUUGACUAGUAACACAAAAUCCUCUGCAGAAUAUUUGAAAAGUCUACUGCAGCAAAACUAUUCCUUGCUACAUACGCUUGGAAUCCUCUGCAGCAUUUUCUUUUGUUAUAAAAGUCCCUCUUGAGAGAUACAUGAUUCUCAACUACAAAACCCCAAAAGGGUCUCAUUCCAGGAUCAGUUGAUGGCAGAAGAUUCAACCUCCAACGAAGCAGCUGCCUCAUGCAGCAAAGGGAGGCAAAUUAUGAGGACCGAUGAAGCUGCUGCCGUGAAGCGUGGACGCUUCAGCAGCUGCUUCUCCUUCAUGGAAAUCUCAAUUGAUCCUGAAAUGAGAUCGUUGAAACAUCUCGAUUCUAAGAAGUUCAAGGAAGAAAUCAAGAGAUGGGCUAAAAGUGUUGCCUCUUAUGCCCGUCAAGUCAGUGAUCAUUUUGGUAGCUCUCGUCGUUGAUUCAGCAGUGAGAUAUCAACAAGAAGAUCAACAUCUCUUGUAGCAAAUUGCCAGAGUACUGUUUGAGAGAACUUACAAAAUAAAAGUGCAUACAAUCACAAGGGGAUGCACAACCAUGGAAAAAGAAAACAGAAAACAGUCGUGAUAUUAAUGCAAAAUAAGAGAACAAUACUGCAGAACAACAAAGAGCGGACUGCUAAAGGAUGCUCAAAUACAACUAUGAACUCAAAUCCAUUUCACUGUAACAUAAUUUGCCAAUACGAACAUGAAGUCAAUAAUGUAGUGCAGCAUCAUUUUUCAAAUUUUACUUUCUUCUUUCUGACGUGUGUGUUCUCCAGACAUGAUAUGGGAAGUUGUUUCGUUUUUAUUUCUUCAGUUGUCUUUUUUGUUUUUUCAUUUUUUGUGUCUAAUCAAUCCUUUAAUGAUGAUAAGAAAAAUACAUUCUGUUUAGCAGUGAUGGACUGAUUAUGUCUUUGUAGUAUGUGGUUGGCGCGGAGGUAA